AUGGAAUUCGAAAGAAUGACGCGUAACGAUUCCGAAGAUUGUCUUUCCAUACUGGUCGCGACAGACAACCAUUUAGGUUAUUUAGAAAAAGAUCCAAUACGCGGAAACGAUUCUCUAAAUACUUUUAAAGAAAUCUUAGAGAUCGCAAAGGAUCAAAAUGUGGAUAUGGUCUUAUUGGGAGGAGAUCUUUUUCAUGAUAAUAAACCUUCCCGUAAGACAUUAUUUGAAACAAUGAAAUUACUUCGUUCUUAUUGCUUUGGGGGUAAAGAAUGUAAUAUUGAACUCGAAGGAAAUCUUUGUGCUUUGGAUAUACUUUCAGUUUCGGGACUCGUGAAUUAUUUUGGUAAAGCAAAAGAAAUCGAUAAUAUUAUAAUCAAUCCAGUUCAAAUAAAAAAAGAUGGAAUCAAAUUGGCGUUAUAUGGAUUAGGAAAUAUGAGAGAUGAACGUUUACAUCGUAUGUUUGAUGAAAAAAACGUCAAAAUAAAUAAAAUUAGUUCGGCACCGAAUGAUUGGUUCAAUUUAAUGGUAUUACAUCAAAAUAGAGUUCCUCAUGGUCCAAAGAAUUAUAUACCUGAAACAUUCCUACCAAGUUUUAUGGAUUUAAUAAUUUGGGGUCAUGAACAUGAUUGUAGAAUUGAUUAUGAGUAUAAUUCGGAACAAGGAUUUUAUAUUUCACAACCAGGUUCUUCAAUUGCUACAAGUUUAAUUGAGGCAAAAUUAGAAAUAAGAGGACCUAAGCAAUUUUGUCUGGAGAGAAUUAGAUUACGAACUGUUAGACCAUUUGUAAUUGGAGAGAUUGCGUUAAAAGAUAUUCCUGAUAUUUCUCCUGAUGAUGCCCCAGCUAUUACAUCUGCUUUAAAUUCAAAGGUAGAAGAACUAAUAGAAGAAGCUAAAGAUAAUUGGCUUGAAAUAAAUGAUGAAGUCGAUGAAUCAAAAUUCCCUCUACCAUUGAUUAGACUAAGGGUAGAUUAUACAGGAGAAUUCGGAGUUUUUAAUAAUCGUCAAUUCGGGCAGAAUUUUGUAAAUCGUGUCGCCAAUAAUCAAGAAAUUUUGUUAUUUCAUCGAAAUAAGAAAAUUUCAUCGUCAGAAAUGGAUGUUCCUGAAAAUAUUUCACAAGCAGUUGUUAAUGAUUUAAUAUCUGAAUGUUUAGAAACACUCGAUAUAUUACCAGAAAAUGCUUUGGGUGAAUCUAUUACACAUUAUGUGGAUAAAGAUGAUCAGGAUGCCAUUGAGGAUUUCUAUGAUGAAGUAAUCGAUAAUGUAAGAAAACAACUUAAUAAAGAUCUUACUAUUGCAGACGAUAAAAUCGUUGCGGAACAGGCACAUAAGCAAAAAAUGUUGUUUUUCCAACGAUAUGCAGAGAUGAAUCCGGAUGAAAGAUACAAUGAAAGAACAAGAAAUGUUAGAGAACCUCGAUCACUCGAUGAUGAAUUUGCUACGGACGAUGACCAUCAUCGUAUUGUGACUACUAACAAAGGAUCCAGAGCACGGGGAACUAAAUCAACGAGAGGAAGAGGUACUCGAGGAAGAAAAAAGGCAACAACCACGCGUAAAAAAACUAUAAAUAUUACGGAUGAUGAUGAUUUUAGUUUUGAUUCUUUAAGAUCCACAAGUACCACAAAUUCUACGACUAGUGCAACUAAAAGAGCAGCUGCCUUACGAUCUACAGCUAAAGUUGCAAAUAUAUUGCAGAAGACAUGGAUAUCAUCCCGCAAAAACAGAGCGUUAGAAAAAGAAGGUAGUGAAAUUGAGGGACCCCCCUCCAAGAAAUCUCACACCACUCAGAAAAGCAAAGUAAAUAUUUCACGUCCUAUUGAAAGUCGAAUGAAAUUGGAAGACGAUUUCUUUGAAGAGACGUCUACCAGAUCAUCACAUAAUAUGAGGCGAAAUCGUUAA